AUGAACAUCUUCCAAGCUAUUUUUGCCUUCUCCCUAACAAUCGCCUCUUCGUUUGUCGAUGGACUACCUUCCACCUUAUCCGAGACAACACAUCAUGCUGUGCUGUCCCUGGAUAACGAGACUGUCUCUUUUGAUGUGCGCGAAGGAGCAAAGUACUCGCAACCACUGAAUCGGCAAUUAAUCAAUUUAUCAAUUGAAUUUUGUUUUAUUGUUGACUUCCUUGGUGAUGUUGGAAACCUCAAUUUGUUCUCAAAGCAGCUUCUCCGAAACAUUGAAGACAGGGCUGGUGUAGCCCCAAUUAUCCGCAUCGGCGGUAACACGGCGGACAGCAGUUAUUUCUGUCGUGACUGCAACGAAACACUUGUCAAUGUCUACGGCGCUGAAAAUACGGAAGCUGUUAAAACUACUUACAAUCAAAGGCUCUUUGAAGUCCUCGAAGAAUACGAUUCAGGUAUAACGCGUUGUCCAGAUAAGCUCUCCGUUGCUCAAGCCGAAAUCGAAGCAUCAACCAAAUGCCUUGACCAGUCCUAUUUCUACUCCUAUGAACUCGGCAAUGAAGUCAACAUUUAUCAGUACACUGGUCAUCGAGAUAAUAACUGGACUGUCUUAUCCUAUGCAGCGGAUACUCUUCAGUGGCUGCCCACACUUGUUCAGCUCACAAAGAUGAAUGUUCCACAAGCAAUGGGGGCAGUUAAGUCAUUUUCUUCACAUGCUUAUCCUCAGAAUGUAUGCUCAGAACCUGCUGCGGCAUUAGUCACGCUAGAUUACUAUCUGAAUCACCUGAAUACCAUCCAGUUCUUUUCCGCUUGGGAAAGUGAAAUCGCCGCUGGAAAAUCAGUGGGAGCAGACUUCCACAUUGGCGUGGCAGGCAGCGCUGCCUGCCAUGGCAAAGAUGGAGUUUCAAAUACGAUGGCUGCUCUCUUGUGGGAGAUUGACUAUGCCUUGUAUGCUGCCACUGUAGGAGUGGAUCGAAUAUUCUUCCACAAUGGCGUGGGAGAUUUCUAUUACUCAAUGUGGGAGCCUGUGGCUGUCAAUUCAUCUUCCCUGGCACACAUAAACCCGACGUAA